UAACUUCCUGUUUGGAGCAGUUCAGGAAGACGAAGUAAUGGCGACGCUACUGGGGCCCGAGUCCCCUCGGACGGGAGGAAAGAAACGCACUCGUAACAGGAAUGUCCUUACCAGAAUACGACAGAGUCAGAUCGCAGGCCGAGGUUUUAGCAGAGGGACGCAGCUGCCAGAAGUUCUUCUUCAAGAUCGAGAUAAGAGGGCGAAAUGGCACGGGAUUCCCAUCUUAGUCCAAGAGCUGUACAACAGCAGCGAUCUCAACAGUGACUUCACCCGCACCCAUACUGUGCUGAAGGAGCUGUCGUCUUUGCUGUCCAUGGAGGCCAUGUCUUUUGUAACAGAGGACAGGAAAACCGCCCAGGAAUCCACCUUUCCAAACACUUACACCUUUGAUCUGUUUGGUGGUGUAGAUCUGCUGGUGGAGCUUCUGAUGAGGCCCACCCUGAUGACAUUACAAAAACCUAAGAUGAAUGAUGAUUUGGUUAAGGACUGCCUUAGUGUGCUGUACAACUGCUGCAUAUGUACAGAAAGGGUUACAAAACGUUUGGCAGCGAGAGAUGAUUUUGUCCUAUUUCUCUUCACUUUAAUGACAAAUAAGAAGACAUUUUUGCAAACAGCGACGUUAAUCGAGGAUAUUCUUGGAGUUAAAAAGGAGAUGAUUCAGCUGGAGUGGAUCCCUGACUUGUCUGGAUUGGUGCAAAGCUUUGACCAACAGCAGCUUGCAAACUUCUGUCGCAUCCUCUCCGUCACCAUUUCGGAGCCUGAUGUAGGCAAUGAUGACAAACACACCCUUCUGGCCAAAAACGCACAGCAGAAACGCAACACCAGCCCCUCUCGCGCAGAGGUCAACCAGGUCACACUUCUGAACAUCCCUGGCUUUAUUGAGCGUCUCUGUAAAUUGGCCACGCGGAAGGUUUCCGAGGCGACCGGAACGUCAAACUUCCUCCAGGAGCUGGAGGAAUGGUACACUUGGCUCGACAACACGCUUGUGCUCGAUGCACUCAUGCAAAUAGCAACAGAUGAGGCCGAGCACAGCAGCACAGAAUCGUCUGAUGAGAGCUCAUUGGCCACCAUCCCUAUGAGGCAUCGCUUGCCUCAGUCUAUGAAGAUCGUUCAUGAGAUCAUGUAUAAGGUGGAAGUUCUUUAUGUGCUGUGCGUUUUGCUCAUGGGUCGACAAAGGAACCAGGUGCACAAAAUGUUGGCAGAGUUUCGGUUGAUUCCUGGCCUCAAUAACUUAUUUGACAAGCUCAUCUGGAGAAAAUACACUGCCUCUAAUCACGUUGUCCAUGGACAGAAUGAGAAUUGCGAUUGCAGUCCCGAAAUCUCAUUUAAAAUCCAGUUCUUGAGGCUUUUGCAGAGCUUUAGUGACCAUCACGAAAAUAAAUACCUGCUUCUGAACGCUCAGGAGCUGAAUGAGUUGAGUGCUAUCUCACUGAAGGCUAACAUCCCCGAGGUGGAGGCUCUGGUAAACACUGACAGGAGUCUGGUGUGCGAUGGUAAGAAAGGUCUCCUUACGCGUCUUCUUACUGUUAUGAAAAGGGAACCGCCAGAUUCUUCCUUCAGGUUUUGGCAGGCCAGAGCUGUCGAGAGCUUCCUCAGAGGGGCCACCUCAUAUGCAGACCAGAUGUUUUUACUGAAGAGAGGUUUAUUGGAGCACAUCCUCUUCUGCAUCAUCGACAGUGGCUGCAAAUCCAGAGAUGUCCUGCAAAGCUACUUUGAUCUGCUCGGAGAGCUUAUGAAGUUUAACAUCGAUGCCUUUAAAAGAUUCAACAAAUAUGUCAACACAGAAGAGAAGUUCCAGGUGUUUCUCACCCAGAUCAACAGCUCUCUGGUGGACUCCAACAUGCUCGUCCGCUGUAUUGUUCUCUCACUGGAUCGAUUCGAAAGCCAGACGGAGGACGUGAAAGUGGUUGAAGUUCUCUCUGAGUGCUGUCUGCUGUCCUACAUGGCUCGAGUGGAGAACAGGCUGUCCUUUCUGUUUAGGCUGGUUAACAUCAUCAAUGUGCAGACCCUUACACAGGAGAAUGUGAGUUGUCUCAACACCAGCCUUGUAAUUCUGAUGUUGGCCCGGCGGAGAGGAAAACUUCCGUUCUACCUGAACGCCUUACGGGAAAAGGAAUAUGCUGAGAAAUAUCCCGGCUGCCUGCUCAACAACUUCCACAACCUGCUGCGCUUUUGGCAGCAUCACUACCUCAACAAAGACAAGGACAGCACAUGUCUGGAGAAUAGCUCCUGUAUUCCCUUCAGUUUCUGGAAGGAGACCGUUUCAGUACUGCUCGAAGAGGACAGGACUUCUCCUUGUGCCAUUAUCACCUACAUAGAUGAGCCUUACAUGGAACUAGACAGAGACCUUCUAGAGAAUUGACUUCUGGGGUUGGGACAAAGGAAAGCUGUGCUGUAGGGAUGAGGGCCGGUGCUGCACGAUUCGACCCGGAAGGCGCACAGAACCGCCAGCUCAGUGAGCUGUCCAUUCACCCCUGCCGCCCAUGAUCCCAUUCAUCUCCAGCUCGCAGUGCUCAAAGGACGUCCCGCAAGGGAUCUACCCAUCUCAUCAUUUAUUCAAGGGAACGUAGUAGCCAAGACAGCUCAAGUCAAAGCUGAACUUCAGAACUGAAACAGUCUUGUUGUAUUUCAGUGAUGCUUACUGUAAAAUUGUGUGGGGCCUUUUAAAUAGAAAUGUACAAGAGAAGUUGAAAAUGCAACCAAUGUGUUUGAGUUAGGGUUUUUAAAUGUUUCAGAAGUGAAGGAUUCAUCCUUGAUCCGGAUCAAUGAACAAUAUACCGCACAGCUGGCCCUUAGUGGAGAAAGUGCUUAUAAACGUUGUCUUGAAAGGAUUUUAGAGUUUAUUUUAACAAACAGUCGUGAGGUGAGGAGGUCUUCUGCUGACCGCCUAAACUGUUUAUUGUCAAGAUCUUUGUACAGUAUAGAUGACAGAGAGCGGUCAUAUUUAUUUUGUCUUUUUCCAUGUAACAUUGCUCUUGUGUAAUUACAUCAUCAUAAACACUUUGUUUUCAUACCCGCCAAUAAUUUAGAUUUUAUGAAUUACAAAAAAGUGUUUUUCAGUUAUUGUAGUUUUAAUUUUUCGUACAAAUUAUCAACCCAUUUGCUGACAAUAAAUCGGUUCAUAUCUCGUUGGCACUGACGGUGUUAAACUAUGCAGGUUUACUCACACAGUGGUUAUGAAUAUCUUGCUAGCCUUGAGCUUCAUGCUGCCAUGUGUUUGUUUUGUAGCAAACCACUAACUAAUAACGAUCCGGUAACUUUACAGGCAUCGGCAGUUGACAAUCUUUGUUGCGCUCAAACCUGCAGAGAUGCCCUUCCGCUGCAGUCGCUUUGUGUUCAAUGUGGCGGCUGAGAUAAACUAGCAGCACUAAACUAGAAACGUCCAAUCAACUACCUCGUUUCAUUUGUCGUCACUCUCUUAUAGUUCAAGCAUGCUAUGGCUUAUUCUGUUGCACAUCUAAUUUCACUGUGUAUGCAAAAGUUCCUAUGUAUGAUAGACUAAAUGUGUUUCACGAGAAUUGCUUGGCUUUUAUCUUUGUAAAAUAAUUGCAGGUUGUCUUUUUCAGUCUUUCGGUUCCUAAUCCUGUGUCACGGUGCUUUGCAUUGGCAAAAAUUUCAUACAGUUCAAAAAAGGGGUUUGAAUGCUACGAUACGAGUUUUUGGGACACUUCUUUUGACCCCGGGAAUUCUCGAAUGUGUACAGUUGGUGUGACUGUGAGGAAAUGUUUGGUACAUAAAUGCAUUAAAAAUCUGAAUGUUUCAUUUUUAUUCAUCUUCGGUUUAUCUCACAUGGGUUGGGUUAGGAUUUAAAUACCUUAGCUCUGGCUUUAUGAAGUUUACAAAAAGUCACGCAUCUAUGUCAAUACCAGUAAAUGUAAUGCUUUAAAUAAACAUGAAUUCAAUA